UAAUAACUAUACACAGAAUUUCUGUUUUCAAUUUUACUUUAUUCUUAUAUUCCAGUUUAUAGGAAAUCAAAGCAUUAAAUAAAUAGUUACAAAUUAGCAGUAGCAUGAUCAUUUUUGUUUAGACACAAUGGCAUUUUUAGAGUGGCGUCGCUUUACGUUUUUUGAUAUCCAUAAAAAUAUAGACAGUGGCAAGAUUGCAGAAUGCUUACAAGACACUAGUGUAUCAGUAGCAACUAGCGGUAAUAAUCAUGUGGUACUUUGCGAUGUGACCGGCUGGGCGCACCUCGUUUCUCGUUCCUGGGAGAUCACAUCUUUCAAAGCAUACGACCUGACAGUUACUCUUGGUCAGCAAUUGCCACAUGAUCCAUAUCUGGUUACGAUUGGGGAAGAUGAAGCUGGUGUGACACCUUUAAUAAAAGUAUGGGACUGGUCGCGCGUCGACAGGCACGGCAAUCCAAAAUGCGUGCGAACAUCGCGUGCCGUGCCAUCACAUAUGUAUCCCACACAAGCGACCGCACUUGCGGUGCAUGAUAAUAAAAAUCUCCUUGCUGUUGGUUUCCAAGACGGCUCAGUUACGUUAUACCGCGGUGAUAUCACAAGGCAACGCAGUGGGAAGAUGAAGACAUUACCGGAUACUGGAUCUAGUCCCAUAACUGGUCUCGCAUUCAAGGGCGCAGACAAGUUGUUCGUGGUGUCUCGCGCUUGUGUGAUGGUUUGCUGGAUCGGCAGCGAGCGUUGUGUUGUGUUGGACGCAAUGGGCGCUUCCCCGGCCUGCAGCGUACUCGCGGACGGACAUCGUCUUACCGUUGCCACCACUAAUGCCAUUUAUUGCUACACAACCGACGGCCGCGGUCCGUGUUACGCCCUUGAAGGAGAAAAGCUCAGACUGAACUGGUUCCGAAGUUAUUUAGUCAUCACCACAAACGAGACUUCGAACAAAGCUUCGAGUUCCGCAACCACGCCAAAACUAAACCACCUAACCAUACUGGACAUACAGAACAAAUUUAUCGUAUUCUCAAAGUCCUUCGAAGAAAUUGACGCAGUUUUGACAGAGUGGGGCUCUUUUUAUAUAUUAACAAAGAAAAAAGAGAUGAUAUUUUUGGACGAAAAAGAUCUGCAGUCAAAAUUGUCUAUGCUGUUUAAGAAGAAUUUGUAUGACGUGGCUAUAAGAACAGCUAGUAGCCAGCAUUACGAUAUUGAAGGGCUGAUGGAGAUAUAUAAGCAGUACGGUGACCAUUUAUAUAGCAAGGGUGAUCUCAAAGGAGCAAUAGACCAGUACGUUAAAACGAUAGGAUGGCUGGAAACCUCAUACGUAAUCCGUAAAUACCUCGAAUCGAGACACUUGGAACCGCUAGUCCAGUAUUUAGAGGUCCUCCAUAAGAAAGGAUGCGCGACAGAAGACCACACGACACUGUUGCUAACUUGCUACGUGAAGAUCGACCAACACGAUCAACAAGGAAAGCUAAAAGAAUUCAUCAAUUCCAAGGACAAGGCGAUCGAUUUUGACGUGGAUGUCGCUAUCAAGGUGGUACGUCAAGUAAGCGUGGACGACGCGCUCUCCUUGGCAGGUAACCAUAAACGCCACGACUGGUACCUCAAAAUGGUCAUAGAAGACAAGAAGGAAUUCAAACAAGCACUGUCAUAUAUAGCCAAUCUCGAGUAUGAGGACGCCGAUAUGUUUAUGAAGAAGUACGGCCAUAAAUUAAUCCAGAACGAGCCUGAAGAGAGCACUAAACUUCUGAAGCUUCUCUGCACGGACUACAAACCACGCGAUCGUCUAUUAGUAGACGAGAACUCAUUAUCCGGUGGAUUCACGGAACCGGACCGGUCGUAUCCGGACGAUUUCAUACACAUGUUCCUCAGCAACUCAGAGAGGCUCAUAGAUUUCUUGGAGCACAUGAUCUCUGUCGACUCCAAGUGCACCAUUUUGGUUUACAACGCCCUCAUCGAACAUUAUAUACAUGUUUGGGCGAAGUCACCAGAAAGUGAUAAAAAAACUUAUGAGCAAAAAAUAUUAACAAUACUGAAGGACCCCGAUGCAAAUUUCGACCGCGACCAAAUACUUAUCAUAUGCCAGAUGCUGGGAUUCCAAGCGGGAAUAUUGCAUUUAUAUGAAGACAUUAAGUUAUGGCGUGCCCAAGUGGCGUUACAUCUGCGGUCGGGUGACGCGGAGCGUGCGUUAAGCGUGUGUCGUAAACGCGGAGCCGCGUGUCCGAGGCUAUGGCUCGACGUACUUUGGGCACCGCCGCCUCCGUCGUGUCUGCCUGAAUUACUGCACGUUGCGGCUACUGAAAAACUCUUGUCACCUAUCCAAGUCAUCGAUUGCUUGGCGAGCACAUCAAACUAUACACUUGGAGACGUUAGGAAGUAUUUGAUGGACGUCUUAAAGUCCGAAGAUGACGUCAUCACGAGGGAACGAGACUUGGCAGCGAAAUAUAAAUCCGAAAUCGAGAAGAUGAAAGCCCAGAUCAAGGUGAUCCAGUAUGAGCCAGUGACCUUCCAAAGCUCCCGUUGCGCAGCUUGCAACAAACUUCUGGAACUACCCUCCGUGCAUUUCCUCUGCCAGCAUUCCUACCACCAAGACUGUUUCCAAAUGUACUCUGAGAGCGAGCACGAGUGUCCGUCGUGCGUCACUAGUGCGGGCAGGAACAGAGCGUCUAUGCCGCCACCCCCCGCCGCAGAACAACUACACUCGAGGCUACACGCUGACCUUGACCCCUUCACAGUGGUAUCAGAAUACUUCGGUCGCGGACUAUUCAAUAAGGUGACAGUUGUGACCGAAACGCCUGAGCAGUCUGUUACACCACCCGGAUCUACACUUGCACCUGCACCCGCGGUCGCACCCGUGUCCGCACCCGUGGUUGCACCCGUGGCCGCACCCGUAGCCGCACCCGUGACCUUGCAAACUUACGGCCCGGGUGCUGAGGCCAAAUUGAGGUUGCAAGAGGGACAGAGUAAACAAGUGUUCGUACCAAAUACAGCAAAGCAGGUCGCACCACAAGGUACCUCAGUGAUACCUGUGCCAGAAGGUAGAAUGAGGCUCUUGGAACAACAGCAAUACGCUUCCAGCUUGGAAGCUAACCUCACUAGGCUACUACCAAAAGUACAAUCCUCUUUUGACUCUCCGUUGCCAGUCAGAAAAGCAGUCGCAAGAAAACCCCAAAACAUAUCCACAGCUAUCGCGAAUGAUGCCAGGAAUCCCUUCGACGAAGGAUACGACGAAGCCAAGAAUCCUUUCGCCGACGAAGAUAACAAUGAUACAAACAAUCCCUUCGGCGAAGAUGACGAUUAUGAUAAGAAUCUGAAUCCUUUUGCGUGAAGAUUCUAAGUAAUUCUUUGGGACACUAUUUAAUGGAAAGACUGGGCCUUGAGUGUAUAUCUCAUUAGCACUUCUUCCUCACGUAUAGUACACAUUGCGAAGAUCUAGAAUCCAUUAGGCUGCCGUUAUACCAUCAUCCUAGUUAUAUUAUAAACGUGAGUUUGUGAGUGUGUAUGUUACUCUUCCACGCAAAAACUACUAAACGGAUUUUACUGAAAUUUGGAAUGAAUAUAGUUUAUAUACUGGAAUAACAUAUACGCUAAGUUUUACACCAAAAGAGUCUAUGGUUCCCGAGCGAUUUGUGAUAAACUGAGAUAUUGCUAUAGUUUGUCAAAGCAAAUAUCCUUGCAAUUAGAUUUAUAACAGCUGCACUCCGCGUUGUUGUUCGCGAUGAUGAAUUCUUUACACAUAAUUGCAUUAAACUCAAAGUUCGUGUACAGACUUAUUCACCGCGGGUGAUAUGUAAUAUGGGUUCUAUUCAGGGGCAUGCAGGGUAUGCACAGGGUAUACAGAUGAUAUAAAAUGAAGAAAAUCUCCAGU